GGUUUGAACUUAAAUGUGGGGAAGAAACGAUCCUUCCUUUUUCAUCCAAUCGUGCUUUAUGAGUUGAGUGGUAGGGUUAGGGUUUCCAUCUGGUUCGAUUCCAUCGACGUCGGCGUCACCUUUCAAGAAUGUCACUCAUGGCGAAAGUAGAGAAUCGCAGCAAGCCGUAAUUCGAGGCUUAGUCACUGGGUGAGUUGAGGUGAUUGGUGAGAUUUGGUGGAGAUGUGGCAUGCAGGAAGCGAUUUUCUGUAUUCCUUCCUCAAGUUUUAUAGAAUGUAGAGGUUAGCCCCUGAAAAUAAGUGCUUUCUGGAGAGUCGAGACCACUUUUGAAAGGGUGAAUGGAACACUAUUCAUGAACUGGUAGUCUGACCAUCUAGUUUGAGUGGUCCAAAAGAUUUAACUGCCUUACCAGACUGUUUGUUGAUUAGUCAACAAUAUCAAGUUCUAAUGAUGGAUGAUCAACGAAAUCAAAAUCAAUUCAAGCAAGACCGGUUGAGGACAAGGUGGACUGCAUCUCUGGAUAAGAUAUUUGCGGACUUGGUGGUUGAGCAGGUUCAACAGGGGAAAAGGCCAAACAAUGUUUUUGACAAGAAAACGUGGAAGUUUAUACGCGAAGAGUUUAACAAGCAAACAGGUCUGAACUUCGAUAAGAAACAAUUGAGGAAACACCUCACUGUUCUGAGGACUCGAUACUAUAAUAUGAAGUCGGUUUUUGAUCAAAGUGGCAUUGGUUUCAAUGAAUCUCAGCGCUUAUUAACAUCUGAACCAUGGGAAGAUUACUUCGAGGCACCUUCCAAGCCUGAGUCAAUCAAAAUCAAGGAGUGCCCCAUUUAUGAACAGCUAUGCACAAUAUUCUCUGAAUCAGGGGCUGAUGGAAUGUAUGCACAAUCAAGUCACUAUGCUGAGUUGGACAGGGAAACACUUAUAUCUGAUCCUGCUGGCUCAACUUCAUGUCCUAAAGCUACUAUUAUGCCUGUUGAUCCGUCGCUAUCAUUAAUAUUGGGGCAAGAUGAUUCUUCAUCACCCUCGGGUGUGGAAUUGAACACAACUGAUGGUCGAAAGAAGCGUCGAUCCAAGGCACCAUUCAGUACAUCCCAUCGCAGGAAAAGUCAGGAGGCUAUGAAUGAUGCAUUAGCUGAAGCUAUGUUGGAGAUGGCAACUGCUUCAAAGUUAAGGGCAACUGCCAUGUCACCGAGUGAGGACCAAUUUUCGAUAACCAACUGCAUUAGAGUUUUGGAUGAAAUGUCGGGGAUUGAUCACAACCUUUAUUUUGCUGCUCUGGAUCUUUUUGAGAAACCCAACCCGAGAGAGACUUUCUUAUCUCUCAAAAGUGAGAAAAGGUUGACAUGGUUGCAGGGCAAGUGUGUUGUUCCAUCUGUUUCCAUGGUUUAAGAUAUUGGACCAUUUCUAUGGCAUUAUGUGUAUCAUGACCUGUACAGUUACAUUUGGCUCUAGUGAAUUAUCUUUUCGAGUUUUGUUUGAA